ACGCAAUAAAUUCUUGCACCUACCCACCGUUCCAGAAAUUUACUGACCUUAUCUCCAACCACCAGCCCGCACCCACCCAACAGCCCUCAUAUCACCCCUCUGUUUCGCUUGCCCCGGUUUAAGCUCCUCUCCCAAGCGAAGUCGCCGGCGAUUUGGCCCACGGCGAACCCAUUCCAGCGGGAGAUCUAUAGGCACCAUGUCUGACGCUGGUAGUUGUGAUGGGACCGCAGCCUCUGGGGAUGCAGCUAAUGACAACACCAAUAGGCAGCCAUUGCAAGCCAAUGAUGAACAGGCACCUCCUGCUCCAACUUCACGAAUAUCAGUCAGAAAAGCAGUAGAAGUGAUCCAGACAUUUGACGAUUACAAGAGGUGGCUCAUUACUGAAAUUGGGUUUGGUGGAAUGCUAAAGCUACCCUUGCUGCAGAAGCUCAACCUUAAGUUCAGUGCCUGGACUAUGAGCAAGGUCUGCGUCGAGCGCCGAGCAAUUGUUCUGUCAGAAACCAAGGUACUAAAGUUUUUUGCGGAAGACAUCCACAAGGUUUUUGGCAUUCCGUGUGGUCACCGAAGUGUUAAAGGGCGCGAUGGCUUCAUCAAGCCAGAAGCGAUAACAUUCAUAAAGAGGACGUUAGGGAUGGACAGGACGGGAGUGCAUAGCCUGCGUGCGGCUGAGGAAUUCCUUCUCCGUGACAUUUCCGAGGCUUCCAGCAAGAUGGAGAAGGAUUGCUUGUAGAUUGCAUUCGUCAUAUUUGUUAUGGGCCAUGGUGUGGCACCUAGAACAAAACAUGAUUAUGGCACCAUAGACUACUGGGGUGCGCUGGCAAAUACGGAGAAUAUAUCACAAUUCAACUGGUGUGAGUUUGUACUUGACUUUUUGCUAGAGGCAGUCCGGCGGCUUAAGAACGAUAUGAUGGCCAACAAUUUGAACACCAAUCUUGUUGGUUGCCACUUGUUUUUACAGAUAUUCUUCCUCGACAAUGUUGACCUUGGAAUUUUCAAUAAUAACCAUAAUGUCCUUCCUCACAUUAGUGACUUCGACCAAAGCAGCAUGAAGAACAUGAUAACAAUGGCGACUCACAUUGGGAAGGGCCCCACAUCCUACUCGAAAUGCAUGAUUCGUCAAGGUAAUGAUCUAUGCUACGCUCGUUGCAACAUUGCUGAUUCCACUGAGAGAACAUCCAACCAGCCAGUUGAUGGCGGCAAUAUGGAGGAAGAUGUUGGCAAGUUCAACAAUGACAGGAACGAUUCAGCUCAUGUAGCAUCUUCAGCUGUCGGGAACCUAAUGGAUGUUCAGACACCACUGCGUAUGCUUGGACCAAUGGACUUUAUAGAGCACAUGCAGAGCCGAUACCCCAGUCUGGUUAGGGAUGAGUUGAGUUUUAUAUUGAAGGAGCAGAAUGCCAAAUGCCAGCGUGAAAUCAACACCGCCCGCGCAAAUAUGCAGGCAGACAUGAUCAAAUUUGUGGACAAACUAAUGGCAUCAAUCAGCAAGAGGUGCAUCUGCUGUACUGCUAGAGGUUUUACUAACUGUCUGACAAGAGCAGUAGAUACAUUUCUAGUUGACACACUGAGGACUCCGGUCGGCCAGAAAAUACCAGGUGUCAGGCUCGAUAUGUCUGCUUGCAAAGAUGGCAACUCUGAACCGAGGUUCCAUGGUGAUGACCAGUCAGACCGUCAGCAGAACAAGAGGUUGCGACAUGAGGAAGGAGCACUCGCAACAAUGACAUCUCAGAUUUUUUCAGUUUGCAAGGCAGACACUGCAAGCUAUCAGUGAAUUGUUUAUUGACCUUCCGAAUGAUGGAAGCACCACGGUGUUUGGACAAAAGGCAGAGGGACUUCUUGGAAGAAAAUAUGUCUUCAGAUCUGGAUUCCAGAUAGACCCAUGGAUCAGGGGUGCUGUCCCGCUACCACCGCAGCCGUAUGUGUCCCAACAAUUGGAAGGGUUCUUUGCUACAGCACCGACAGAAGAAUUAUGCAGGAAUUUUCUUGCUCAUGAGAAUCCGAGGUUCUUACGAAUAACGGGUUCAAUGUUGAAAUGCCAGCUGGUUGAAGAUGAGCUUAUCGACCAUGAGGUGAUGUCAGUCAUUAUCAGAAGGUAUUGUCAGUCUGACCAGGAAGCAGAUAAACACUCACCAUACUUAACUUGGAGGCACCCAAUUGAACCAGAAUUCUCGACGCUUGUACUAUUGGAUCAUGAUUUCCUACAUACGGUGUCAAUGCAGAAAGCAUUGUGUGCCGACUCACUCAAAUAUGACAUCACAUCAGCUCAGCUGUUCUUCACCCCCGUUCCACGGCCUAAAGGAUGGAUUGUAGUUUUCUGGGACAUGGUAGCCCGCCUCAUGUUUGUAAUUGAUCCAAUGUACAGCAAGAGAAGCCAACCCUUGACCACUCAGCAGAGAGAUGAGAUUACAGCUUGGAAGCUACAUGAUGCCUUGUUUAUUUGCUUAAAUGAGUAUUAUGCUGGCUGGCCUGUGAGGAAAGAUGGAUGGAAAGUCACGUUCCCCGCACUUGUUGAUAGCAUUUUUUCUCGUAAUGAGACUGGAGCUUGCGUCGUCCAUAUAGCCCGCCAUUUCGAUGGGAAAAAGCUGAAGAUGCCCCUCACCAAGGUUGGUUAUCUAUGCCAGCUAGCCAAAUUACCUUUUGAGUCAUAUUUCUGUGACUCCAUUUGCAAUUUUUUGUCCUAACCACACCAAAUCCCAGUGCCAUAAAACAACACAACAUAUCGAAGGUGAAGCGGGAAACGCUGUAUGAGUGCAUGAUAUAAUAUGUGACCACACUCAUAUAAUAUGUGACCAAAUUGCUCAAACAUUGCCCUCGUGUAAAUCUUCCCGGCAUGUCUCUCAGUUGCCAGAUUUUCUCGCAUAAGAGGCCUUCCCUGAGAAACAAUGCAUCAAUAAGUAAGCAGUUAGUUCAUCAUACGAAAAAACUGAAUUUUUAAUCUGGAAAAUUUGUAUUUCAUUCACCACUUACUAUUGUUGUCCGCUUCUCCUCAUAAUUCUCCUCAGAUUCUCUGUCAAAAAUUAAACUCAUGUAUUUCCUCACAAAGAUAUGCAUUGGACACCCAGGGGGCACAUAGUUCUUCAACAUAUGAUUUGCGCUUUCACUCCGUUGAGUACUAGUCAUCUUUGCACAGAAUACGCCCUUGAAAUACGGCUUCGCCCAUUUGUGUCGUAUCUCGUACAAAUUAGUCAUGUAGUCAUGACUUUUCAAGUUGUAUUUCUCUAGGUACUUCCAUCCUUCCUCGAAUUCAUCUAUUGUUAGCAUGUGGUUGAAGACCUUAUGGAACUCUAGUUGGAAAUCACUCUUCUUUGAGUACAAAGGGCCUAGCGACUCCUUUGCCUUCUUUAGCACAUGCCACUUGCACCAUCGGUGUGCCGUGUCUGGCAUCACAUUUUGUAUGGCAACCUCCAUUGCCCUGUUCUGAUCUGCAAUUCACAAAUACAAUGGUCAAUAGUGUUUCACCCCACCUGAUUCGAUGCAUAAAUGCAACAUAAAUUAAAUUAGUUCUGCACCAUCUUACCAGUCAGGAUUGUCUGUGGUGCACUACCGCCCAUUAUCCUAACAAACUUUGAGAAGACCCACUCAAAGGUUUCAACUGUCUCAUGCCUCACAAGCACACCAGCUAAUAUGAUGCUCUGGAAAUGGUUGUUGACACCAACAAAUAACCCAAAGGGCAUGUCAUACAGGUUUGUUCUGUACGUCGUGUCAAAUGUAACCACAUCCCCAAAGAAGUUAUACUGCAGCCGGCUGUUACCGGUAGCCCACAUAAGGUUGAUGAUUCUGCCCUCAUUGUCUGCUUGAACCCGAUAGGUAAACUGUGGAUCCUUUGAGCACAGAUCAUGGAAGACUUCCAUUGUUUUCCUCACAUCAUCCUCUGAAUUCUCGCGGCUAAUCUUGCCACACAAAUUUCUUAAUGCUCUUUUAGUGAACGGCACAUUCUCCAUCCUCCCGAAGAAGCUGCCUAUAAUGCUAUACACCUUAGCAAGAUUUACAUUAUUCUGCCGCAGCUGCUUCACUAGGUCCCUGCUGUAAACAUCAAUAUGCUUGUGUGACGGCCAGUGUAUUGUCUGUCCAUAAGUUUGGGAAAGUGCAUGGUUGUGCCCAUCUCGAUGCUCUGCUAUGUACCAUCCAUUGUCCUUUGACCGAAGUAAUCUGACGAGUGCUGGGCAUUCACAGCGGCACGAACGAGUAUUUUCGACAAUUGGCUUCCCCUGAUACAAGAAAGAAGAAAGUCAGAUACAUAAUCAGGGAUUUUCAUACAUGAUCAUAAUGGGAAAAUGCUACAGCUCUUGGGGUGUAUAAUUAUCUGUACCGCGCAUCCGCAAACUAUCUCUUGCAUACACUUGGUCCUGCUAACAUUUAGCCUGCUCUUUCCAUAUCGUAUUCCAAAUCCCUUCUCCCAUGAAUACAGAUUGUAAAAGUCAUAAGCUUCUCCGAGCGUGUCAAAAGUUGUUCCAAUCUUUGGCACCAUAACCACUUUGCCUGGAUGCUCCGCAAAUUCCCUGACAGUCUUCUCCAACGCCGUUACCCUGUCUGCACAAGGAGGCCUUCCUGGAGCAGCAGCACCAACUCGCACUCUGCACAGACAGAUCAGCGAAUGAAUUACAUGUGACUAUCAGGUACAGCCUAACAUUUUGGAAUUACAAACCAUAGAAUGAUGUCAUUAAUAUAUCAUAUCACAAAUCAGCUGCUCAAUAUAUAUCUGCAUUAACAAAUUCAUGCAACCUACCAACAUCCGUAGAUAUCUAACUCAUCAGAGGUUAUGUACUCUGUUCCACCGUCGCUUCGUCAGUUAAAUGUCGCAAAUCUGAUAGUACAGACUACUUUGCCGAACAUUAUCGAGUAUUUUGAUUCACAGGGUCGUACCUUUGCGUCCACCCUGGUGUUUUGGGGUCAAUUUGUUCAAUUGAGUUCUCGGAGCACUGAGGCAUGUCCGCGGCUCCUGCCUCCGCCGGGCAUAUCUGCCCGUCGGCGCUCGAAGCCGCCGGGGCUGCAUCCUGAACCUCGGCCACCGCGGCAACUGGGAACCGCACGGGUUCCAUUGAGCCGUUGUUAUCAUUCACCUCUUCCAGGAGUGUUUUUAUCAAUCAAAAAGCAAGUUUAGAAGACCGAAUCUAGAUCAGUUCCCAACCACAGAGCCAAAAACAAUGAUAAUAUUUGGCCAAGCAUCAGAUCCGUACCUAUUUAUAGGCUGAAGUAGGAACUCCAUGGUCGCCGGAGCCUCUCACGGGUUGCUUCGCCGCCCACUUCCUCCCGCCAGAGUCAAUAUCUCCGCCUCGAGUCUGAUGGGGAUGAUAGCCAAAUCCAACCUCACUCCUCUAAUCGGCCAAUGUCCCAACUACUGCAAUAACUGCGGGCUCUGCCGACGCUAGCGGAAAGCACCGGACCUGAUCCACGGAUCAGGACGGCGGCGAGAAGCUCGAGCCACGGCUCAGCCGCGCUCAUGCGACGGCGUGCAUUUCUCCGUCGAACUUGCCCCAGCUGUCAGACGAGUAUUGUGACGUAUAUCUAAAUUUCCCGUUGUCGCUAUGGACCCACCCACCCGAACUAGCAUUGAAUACAACGAAUCUCACAGCAAUCCUGGACGGGUGUGAUUCCGAGCUCCUGUGAGCUCGCGAUCACAUACUCCGCGUCCGUCUAUGUUCCCUUUUCUUGAAGUUGAGUACUUCCACCUUAGGGGAAAUAGUAGUAACAG